CAACACUGAACUUGAAUACCCGUCAUGUUCUCGAGACCUCUUACGGUAUCGCUAUCAUGGACUCUGCUCCUCGGGCUACUUUUUCACAUAACAUACAUUAUGUCUGUUUUCGACUGCUACUUUACAAGCCCGGUUGUACAUGGCAUGGAGCACUUUAGCGCGGGAACCGCGGAAGCAAAGCGUCUCGUUCUAUUCGUAGCGGAUGGAUUGCGGGCAGACCUGCUGUAUAACCUAAAACCGUUUCCUGCUAUACCCGAUUCUCCUGAAAUCGUCGCGCCCUACCUUCGUGGCAUAGUCGAAACACGAGGAGCAUUUGGUGUAUCGCAUACGCGAGUGCCGACCGAGAGUCGACCUGGGCAUGUUGCAAUUAUCGGAGGGAUGUAUGAGGAUGUGUCGGCGGUAACGAAGGGAUGGAAAUCCAAUCCGGUCGACUUCGAUUCGGUGUUUAACCAGUCUCGCUACACGUUCUCGUUUGGGUCACCGGACAUCUUGCCUAUGUUCGCUAAAGGUGCUGUUCCAGGUAGAGUGAAAACUUGGUCGUAUAAUGAAGAGGACGAGGACUUCACUAGAGAUGCGACGGAGCUGGACGUAUGGGUCCUGGACCAGUUGGAAACCCUCUUUAGGAAUGCUUCAUCAAACGCUGCACUGGACGCGGACUUGCGUGAGGACAAAGUGAUAUACUUCCUUCAUUUAUUAGGGCUCGACACGACUGGACACUCGUACCGUCCGCAUUCAAAGGAAUAUAUGCAAAACAUACAAGUUGUCGACGGGAUCGUGGAGAAAACAGAGAGGCUCUUUAAUGAAUUUUUCCAAGACGAUAAGACGAGUUUCGUCUUCACAGCGGACCAUGGCAUGUCAAAUAUCGGGAAUCAUGGUGAUGGGAAUCCGGACAGUACACGCACGCCACUCAUCGCAUGGGGCGCAGGAGUCCGUGGACCGUUGCCAGAUUCGCGUCCUUCCUCACACGAUGAAUAUUCGCGUCCAUGGGGUCUCUCUCACCUCGUUCGACGCGAUGUUGAACAAGCAGAUCUUGCAUCAUUAAUGAGCACACUGCUCGGCAUUAACUUCCCUGCUAACUCUGUUGGCGUUCUGCCCGAUGUCGAUGUUGAACACACUGGAUAUUUGAAACUUAGCGAAGAAGAUGCAGUAGUAAAGGCUGCCGUUGCAAAUGCAAAAACCAUCCUUGAACACUACCGAGUAAAGCAUAGGCUCAAGGCGAUGAAGAAGAUUUUCUUCAUUCCGUUCCCGGGCCUUGCAACGCGAGACGCGCAUGGCUCUCCGGGCUCGGGUCAUCUCUUGCGCAUCGAACAACUGUUGUACGCACAGAAAUGGAGAGAGGCCCGCAAGGAGACUGCCGAACUAAUACGACUAUCGCUCGAGGGUUUGCGUUAUUUAGAAACGUAUGAUCGCGUCAUGCUGCGAGUGAUUGUCACCGUAGGCUACCUCGGCUGGUCUGCCUUCAGUGCGACGGCGCUUCUCAUGAAGCACUUGGGAGAAUCUUCGACUAAAUCUCCUGGAUCAAGUCUCCUUAUUGACUUUUCGACAUUAUGCAUAUUGCUUGCGUUCUUCGGAUUGUUUGUACUGCAAGGCGAACCAUGGUCAUAUUAUCUAUAUGUCGCUUUCCCGUUAUAUUUCUGGCGGACGGUCGCUUUCCGUGUCUCCCAUUUCUACGCAAGCAGUAAUCCGUCGGGAUCUUGGACGACCCUUUCAUUGUCUGACAAGGGCGUCCGUAAUGCUGUAUGGAUAAUUGUCACAACGUUCGCAGCGCUGCAGGCAAUGGUGUUUGCUUAUAAACAUCGCUCUAUUUGGAGCGUCGGUUUUGUUGCCAUGGCCUUCCUAUGGCCCUUGCUCGCUUGGCCUACAAAUGUUACGAAAACGAAGCCAUAUCUCGUAUAUAAAUGGAUGGUUACUUGCCUCAUUUGUGCGGUCUUUCCUCUUAGGAAUGUGGAGCAAAGUGAGGACCUACGUGUAAUCGUAUCUGGCGGCCUUGCGAUGCUAUCUUCUGGCUUAUACGCGAUUGAUAAGAUAGGGCAUCGAAACUCCAGAAGCCAACAUAUGGCUCAGCUUACUCUCACUCUUCUAGCCUUGUUUGUUACAGGUGACUCCGCCCGUCGUCUUACGGCAAAAGAAGGGCUUCCCCUGGUUAAUCAGGUCCUUGGUUGGGUUAUCCUCGUAACAUCUGCAUUUCUCCCACUGCUUUUCCCUUUCCGCGCCCAACCACGGUCUGCCAAGCUCCUGACGUUGUUCCUAGCUUUCGCACCAUGCUUUAUUCUGCUCUCAAUCUGCGCAGAGGGCCUAUUUUACCUUGCCUACUGCGCUGCGCUGAUCGUCUGGGUAGAGGCGGAAGCAACAGUCCGGAAAGCGAGUACUACUGCUCGCAGAUCCAGCACGGAUGGGGAUGCUGCGAAUGUUUCUAAAAGUUCCUCGAAAAUUUUGCGGGAGUACAACCUAUGUGCAGACGACGUGCGCAUUGCGCUGUUCUUCCUAUUUUUCGUCCAGGUUGCAUUUUUUGGAACAGGAAAUGUUGCAUCGAUAUCCUCAUUUUAUCUCGAGCCUGUUUAUCGUCUCGUUCCUAUCUUCAGCCCGUUCAUCAUGGGGGCUCUUCUGAUAUUCAAGAUCAUUGCUCCAUACGUGAUGCUGUCUGCGGCGCUUACAUCUCUUAGCCAAGACCUCAACAUGCCGCCUUUUGCGCUGUUCCUCGUUGCUCUUAGCCUUACCGAUGGAAUGACCAUCACAUUUUUCUUGAAUGUAACCGAUACGGGUUCAUGGCUCGAGAUCGGACAAAGCAUCAGCUUCUUCGUCAUCACGUCACUGCUUCUUCUAUGGUCUGCGGGAAUCUGUGCACUUGGGGCUUGGCUUAUGCGAGAUGUCUCGUCUUCUGCAGAAGGAAAGAAAAUCAAACGAUUAUAG